UUAUGGUUGUGAAGAUAGAAAGUGAAGCAAGCUACAGAGAAGAUUAGUGAGGAGAGAGGCAGUCAUGGACCAGCUCGGUGGGCAGCCUUUGCCCCAGGCAACUGUUCAACCAGCUGUGUGGUAUAACUACAGUACCACCUACAAUGACUUCCUUGUCAAUCACCCAGUUCAGUUGCAAGUUGCUGUGCCGACUGUCCAGAUGGUUGCAGCUCCAUCUCAAACUCCUACUCCUGUUCCUACUGAAGUAGAUUCCUUAGACAUAGCUGUUAACAUGGUUCCACCCAAAUCAAAAAAGUCGAAGAAACCGCAGCCAGAUAACCAAGAGAGAAACUUCCAUUGUCAGGAUUGUGGUUCUUCCUUUACCAACAGUUCAAAUCUCCGUAGCCAUAUGCGAAUACACUCUGGUGUGAGACCAUACGUUUGUGAGGAGUGUGGUAAAUCUUUCAUUCAGAGUUCUAAUUUAAAGGCACACAAAAGAGUGCAUACUGGGGAAAGACCUUACCAGUGCUCUGAGUGCGGGCAGACAUUUUCUCGUUCUUCGCAUUUGGUCGGACAUAAAAGAACUCACACAGGAGAGAGGCCAUAUAUUUGUGGAAUUUGCUCUGAGGCAUUUUUCACAUCAUCGCAUCUGAGAAAUCACGUUCGGCGUCACACAGGUGAGAAACCAUAUGUAUGCCAAUAUUGUGGGGAGUCUUUUGGGCAGAGUGUUGAAUUAAGGGUACAUCAUCGCUAUCAUACAGGUGAAAAACCCUUUAAAUGUCGGGAAUGUGACACAGCACUUAUUUCAGCAAGAGAACUUAAAGCCCAUAGAAAGGUACAUCACCUAGGAUCUAAGCCUUUCAAAUGUGAGCAGUGUGACAAAUGUUUUAGGACUCUUACCUUCUUGACGAAGCACAAAGUACGCUGUAAGGGUCCUAGGCCUAAGCGGCCUAAGGGAAGACCCCGCAAAUAUCCAAGAGCCGAUGGCGAGGAGCCUCCAUGGAAGAAGCCAAAGAAAAGGAAGAACAGGAGACCAGCAGCACCAACUGAUCGAGUAUCACGAUCCAGGAGCAAAGCUAUUAUUGAUGCCCAGUUGAAGCAAGAAACUGAAGAUGCCCCUGAAGCUGAAGCAGAAAAGCAGCAAAAUAGUGAACAGACAGAUAAGGAAGAUGAUAACAUACAGCCUGAGACUGAACAAAGUGAUGAGCAGACUAUCCAGUUAGAAGGAGCAGGGCUAAAGACUGAGGUGGAACUAGAGCACAUAACUCAACUCCCAAUGGUGCAGGUAAUGCUUGAUAAUCUUGGAUCUGAGGCUGAGGGUUUGGAUGGUACACAUCCUCAAGCACUAGUUCUUCAGUCAUCAACAGGCACUGUCCAUAGUCUCCAUGCCUUAUCAGAACAUACAGAACAACAAAUAGGAGUAAUGGACUUAUCAGGUCAACAGAUCCAUCAGGAUGAUCAACAGCAAGUAGAAAGUGUCCAGCAAGCCAUCAGUAUAAUUCCUGCUCAUCAGUCAUUACCUGUAGUAUCUUCAGGACAUCAGCAGCAGUUGGCAGUGAUCACUGCUCAUCAACAAUUACCUGUUGUGACUGCACAUCAGCCAACUCUGAGUGCCCAUCAGCAGUUACCAACAGCAAAUGCUCAUCAACAAGUCUUGAGUGCUCAUCAGCAGUUACCUGUUAUAAGUGCACACCAACAGGUACCUGCCACAAAUGGUCGUCAGCAGGCAGCAAACAGUCACCUUCAGUUGCCAGUUGUUAGUGCUCAUCAGCAGACAAGUACCACACACCAACAAAUGCCUGUAGUAACUGCUCAUCAGCAAGUUGUUAAUGCACAUCAACAGUUGCCUGCAGUAACUGCACAUCAGCAAGUAGCGAGUGCUCAUCAGCAGGUGGUUACUACUCACCAGCCAGUCUCUGUGCUUGCAGCUCAUCAACAUGUGUCAGCACACCAACAGGGUCUGGUAGUCACUGCACACCAACAAGUGCCUGUUGUAUCUGCACAUAAGCAGAGCAGUCUUGGGUCUAGUGGUAGUUCCACUGUAGUUUAUGAAGCAGGACAGCCUUAUGUGGUGGACCUCUCCAGUCCAGCACUCACUUCGCAGGUUCCCCUUGUCAACCAAAGUGUUACAACUACCCAGUAUGCCAGACCUUAGUGUAACACAGGUCCUGACCUCGCCUUGUCCUGUCUUGUCUUUUAUAAGUCCUUUUUAGACAACGAUACUUUAUGCUCGUCUCCAAAUAUGUGCCACAUCUAGAGAGCCACCAGCUUGCCAGACAUGCUGUGGACUUUAUCCGGAAUGUAUAAAAGUAUCAAGUAGCCUGUGCAGUCCAAACUUAAGCUGGAAAUGGUUGUAACUGAAACUCAAAAUGUACAGGUUUGUCAUAGUAGUUAAAAAAAUAAUCUUUUACAUGUGUUCUUGCAUUUGUGAAUGUAUAUGACAGCUUACAUACAUCUCCUCUAGGCUUAUUGUAGUGUUUCUUGACACUUAUUUGUGAUGACCAAUGUAGUUUCUAUGCAUUGCUAUUAUAUUGUUACUAUUUGAAAGUAUAAGACUUGAAGAUUUUUAACUUUGCAAGCUUAUGAAUACACAAUUUGAUAUGUGAUUGCAGUUAGUGCCGUAAGUAGGAGGAGCUAAGGCUCUUAAAUUAGAUAUUACGUAAUAUUAAGAUCCUGAAUGAGAAGUUCCCAAUGUGUUUAGUGUGUACGGUUUGUGAAGUGAAGAAGAGGCAUUGUUAAUUUUUAUGGUAAUUCUUAAAGGUUUUAUUCCCUGACUUAAAGUGCGUAAGAGAGAGUAAUGAAAGAUUUUCUUACGGACAUGUUCAAAGGUAAAUGCAGUGCUAUUAAAGCUUUUUUUUUUUCUUAUUUGUUUUUUUUUUUGACUGACUGACCUAUAGUGUCUUAGCAGUGUUGGCAUUAUUUAAUGGAAUAGUUUGUGCAGGUUAUUAAGUACUGACUAGUUACUUCCUGUUUCAAGGAUAGAGCAAGUACCUAAUGAUAUUGGUUAUGAAAUAACCAUGAAAUGUAUAUUUGUCUGUGUGAAACAGAAUGAGAACAUUUGUGUUUGUGCAUGAAAUUAUACAUCAUAUUUAGAAACUUGAAAGUUACAACUUCUUUUCUAUUCAGUUCAGUGUUACUUAAAAUUGUGUGAAAAAGAUUGGCAUUCAGUCCAUGUUUUAUAUAACAAUGGAAUUAUUUCUGCCAUUUGUGAUACUUCUUUCAUGAAAUAAAAACAUAAUGCUAUGGAUUUACCAUGUUGAUCUAAUAAUCAAUACAUUGUGUAAAAGUACUUUAAAAUAAUUUCAUGUUUUUUAAAGGUUAAUGUAGAAAUUUAAUUGGAAGAAGAAACUUAUGUUUCAAAAUAAAUCCAUUAAUACAGUAUUCAUGUUAUCAUAGCUAUGGACAUGUUUGCACAAACACAUUGACAUCAAUGAAAUUAUGUAUGCAUACUAAAGUAUAAUUAAGCCAUGCAGUUAGAGUACUUGUACAGCAUUGAAGUUUAUCCUGAAAAAAAGUCAAAGUAUUUGUGGAUAAAUAGCAUCACAAAGCAGAUGAUGCUAUGUACAUUUUUUCAAACGGUUUUGCCCGGAAGAUUUGAGAAACUAGUUACAGAAUCUUGAAAAGUGGCCCCUGGUAGUCUUCCAAUGUUUUUGUUUGUUAAAGAUCACUUAACUUUAAGUAUUUCCUUUACCGAGAAUUUUAUCUCCCGAUGAAGGUCAUGCGGUUGCAGCUACAGAAAGGUCCAUCUUAUUUGUGUUGCUUACAAGAUCUGUCUGUAACUUUAUUCUGAUUUCUCGUCUGUUUUGUACUCUGCCGUAGGUUUCAUUCUGUGAUUUUUUUUCACUCAGUUCGUAAGCAUUUCAAAAAGUGUUGGUUUACCGGAAAAUGUAACUAGUCCUUGUCAAAACAGAAAAGACAUUGCAGUAUAUAUCUGCUGUUAAGAUAGUUAAGUUCAUUUACAGUCUUUUGUGAUGUACAUAUGUUACAUAAAUUUUCAUUUAAUAAUUGACAAAGAUUGAUGAAUAGCUUACUUUAAUUGCUUUUCCUAUUUGCAUAAAAAGAGAACAGGUGGAUACAGUUCAGAGUAAACGAGUAAUGUGUUUAUUUAAUUUAGUUGAUUAUACCAUAAAGAUCUGUUCGAAAUUAGCACUGUUUUUAUAGAAUUAAUUUAAAUAGUUGUAGAAUCUCUGCAUCAGUAUAUUGAUUUUAUUUUUUUUAAUUAUUAAUUUUGUACAAUUAUUUUAGCAACUUGUAAUUUGCAUUUUUUAGUUACACUGUAGGAAUAAAGUAUGGAAAAAUUAUUAUAUUAGUAAUGUAAAGCCAGUAAAAAAAAAUGAAGAGGAAUAUUCACUACCAUUUUUUUUUUCUUUUUUUUAUUUGUAGAAUAUAUAGGAAUAGGUGUAAUCAUUUAUGUAAAAAAAAAAUGCCAUAUGAAAGUGUGAAGCCACAUUGAAUAUCAAACUCAGUAGCUGAUAUUCUAAUGUAAACUUUUUUUUUUUUUUUUUUUUUUUUUUUUUUUUUUUUUUUUUUUUUUUUUUUUUUUUUUUUUGUAAAUAUUCUAUUUGUAUCUCCAGAUUUGAUAAAUAUUAAGUCUUUUUUUUUUAUUCUGAGGACUGUUGGAGAGGGUGUUUUUCUUGGUAGAACCCUCACGUUUCUGAAAUUUGUUAAAGUAGCAAUACAUCUGAUACUUAGAAACAUUCUCUAUGAUUGUAGUUAGAUUUCUAUUUUUUUCCCCCUUUUUGCAUUUAUUUUUACUGAAAUUCUUCCAAUUUAUCUGCUUUGUAUGAUAGGCAAAGAAACUAGUUUGGAGCUGAAAAGUGAAAAAUGGACAAGACACUUUGUGUAUUUCACACAAUGAUUGAAUCUUUGAGAAAGAAGAUGCUUGUGUCUUGAUCUUCUUUAUUUUUUUACCCUUAAAUGGAAAUCUGUUUUAAGAGAUUUUACAUCAUGGUUGCCAUAAUUUGUUACACUAUGCAAAGAUAAAAAAGAAUCCUGCAUAUUGUGGAAUAAAAGUUAACUACUAUUG